AGCUGUUCUGCUUUGGGCAUGGAAAAGAUAUCUAGUGACAAAGUUGGCUUUACUCUUGGCAAUGUGGUUGGAAUGUAUCUAGCUCAGAAUUAUGAUAUUCCUAACAUUGCUAAGAAGCUUGAAGACUUUAAGAAGGAUGUGGAAGCUAAGAAGAAACCUCCCAGUGACAAGUCGUAAGAGUGUUACCCAGCUCACCUCUGUGCAAGCAUUAUGGAUGCAGUUUACCCUUCAGGCAGCAAAGGUCAAGUAGCAGUUUGGCAUGGGAGGUUCCUCCACAUUAGUGUCCUAGAACUGGAAUAUCCUUGUUUUGAAAGAGCAAUCAUGAACUUUUCCUAGGACUGAUUUUAAGAGGCUUCAGUAUUUUGGAUUUGCAGAUUGUAUGCAACUGGAAAAAAAAUGUUUAUAUUUUUUGUUAUUGUUUUUCCUAAUAUUUUGUAAAUCAUUUUUA